CAUUUACUUUGAAAGUAAAACACUCCUAGAGAGUUAUAAUUCCAGUCAUGCAAAUUGCAAAAUGACGAACUAAUUGUAUAUUCUUUGAAAACCUAGGGCUUUCUCUGUGAGGCUAUUAGAAUAUACCAAUAGAUAGGCAUCAAUCAGAUGGCCUAUUGCUUACUUCUUUGAUUGAAUUGUAUUCAUGCCACAAGAAGUGUGAUGAAGCAAAUAAUGUGUUUGAUGAAAUGCCUGAGAGAGACACUGUUGCUUGGAAUGUGUUAAUUUCUUGCUGUGUACGUAAUAACAGGACCUGGGAUACAUUCGUUUUGUUUAAUACUAAUACUAUGAUGCAGAGUGAAAGUAAUGGAUGUGAACCCGAUUGUGUUACGUGUUUACAUCUUUUGCAAACGUGUGCCCACUAGAAUGCAUUGGAAUUCGGUGAAAAAAAUCCAUACGUACAUUGAUGAGCAUGGUUAUGGUGAUGCUGUCAAUUUUUCUAAUUCUCUUAUGACAAUGUACUUGCAGACUGGACGUUUUGAUAAGGCUUGUGAAGUGUUGAGAAUGCGCAAUAAGAAUGUGGUUUCAUGGAGUUCUAUGAUUUCCAGUUUAGCAAUGAAUGGACGCACAAAAGAAGCUAUUAAAGCCUUUAGGGAGUUGCAGAAAUUGGGUGUUCAACCUGAUGAUCAGACCUUUAGAGGAGUUCUUUCUGCUUGCAGUCAUUGUGGGUUAGUGGAUGCGGGAUUGAUGUUUUUUGAUUGUAUGAGCAAAGAGUUUGGGAUAGUGCCUAAUAUUCAUCAUUAUGGAUGUAUGGUUGAUCUCUUGGGUCGUGCUGGUUUGCUUUAUCUGGCCUAUCAGCUUAUAAUGUCGAUGGGGGUCAAGCCAGAUUUGACAAUGUGGAGGACCUUACUUGGGGCUUGUAGAAUUCAUGGCCAUGUUACAAUCGCGGAGCAAGUGAUUGGACAUUUGGUUGAACUUAAGGCUCAAGAAAAAGGGGAUUAUGCUCUGUUGCUGAGCAUUUAUCAUUCAGCUGGCAACUUAGAGAAGGUAAUGAAACUGAGGAAGUAUAUGAAGAAGAAAGCACUACAAACCACACCUGGCUGUGGCACGAUUGUAUUGAAUAGGGUAGUACAUGAGUUUGUUAUGGAUGAUUUUUUGCAUCCACAAAAGGAUGAGGUUCAUGCAAUGGUGGAUGAGAUUAAUCAGCAGCUGAAUUGCUGGAUGACAAUGCUAUAGGUCUCACUCUCAAAUUUGGUGAGUUGCAGCACUAUAAUCAGGCAUGGAUUUUUAAAAGGCCCACACAACUUGCACCAUUUUUCCCGUUUAUGUUGAAUUUUUAAGUGUGAAAUGCAAAAGCACCACCUAGGAUUUGUGCCAUUUUCAAAUGCUACUCAACGUCAGUCCCAAGCUCUAAAGCUCAGCAGAAUCAGCA